AUGGCUGAAGUAGCUCCAGCUCCAGCGCCUGCUCCACCUCCGACGGCGCCGGCGAAAAGCGGCGCCAAGAAGAAGGCACCUUCCAAGGCGAAAACUCCGGGACUCAGCGCCAGCGAGCUGAUCCUCCAGGCGGUAGGGGUGUCCAAAGAGCGCAAUGGCGUAUCUCUGGUCGGCCUAAAGAAGUUCCUAACUUCUAAGGGCUACGACGUGGAGAAGAACAAAGCUCGCCUGAAGACGGUCAUCAAGACAAUGGUGGCUAAGGGAAUCAUUGUUCAGACGAAAGGUUCUGGCGCUUCCGGCUCAUUCAAACUGAACAAAAAGGUGGACGCUAAGAAGCCAAAAGCGCCCGGCAAGACCAAGAAAACCACCACGAAAGCGAAGCCCACCAUUCAGAAGGUAUUACCCAAGAAGCCAGCAGCGAAUAAACCCGCGAAAAAGAGCGUGAAAGCGGUGACGCCUAAAGGGAAAACGUCCGUCAAGAAAGCCGCGGCGCCGGCGAAGAAGUCCCCGGCGGUUAAGAAGACUCCCGCCGCUAAGAAGACAACUACAGCCGCUAAGAAGGUUUCUAAACCCAAAUCUGUCAAGAGAGCAGCACCCAAGAAGAAGUAA